AGAUCGAGAGACUUGGAGGUGUAUUUUGAGGAAUGUCGAUUAAUGGGGAACCUGGAGAAGAGGAUCCGCUCUUAAAAAGAAGUGGCAGUUCUCAAAAUACAUCGAUAAAUAACAGAUCACCACCCGAUCAAGCAGAAAGGAGAAGACAACCCGUCCAUUUUGGUUCCUUAUCAGACAGCAAUAAUCACGAUGGAGGAUCCACGACUGGCGUCCUCAUUAGAUACAGAUAUUACGGCCGACUUGCUCCACACAGCGAGAGCUCAUUUCAAAUGCCGGACCAUGUGGUGCCCCCUGAUUUCCACAUUGUCAUUCCUGUAAUUACUCAGGGGAAGCAAAGCAGUCUCAUAACUGUGUUCUCGUUAUGGAACACAAUGAUGGGGACCUCAAUACUGAGCAUGCCCUGGGCCAUCAGACAGGCGGGAUUUGUGACUGGGAUUUCCCUUUUGGUGCUGAUGGCCAUGUUAAUGUUUUAUACAAGUUACAGAAUCCUUAAGGCCAUGCAGUCUAUGGGUAAGGCAGACUCGGGCCUGGAUUUUUCUGACGUUUGUCGCUUGUCCCUGGGGAGGUGGGCCCAGGUUCUGGCGGUGGUCUCCUCCCUCCUUACUCUGAUGGGCGGGGCAAUUGUCUACUGGAUCCUCAUGUCCAACUUCAUCUACAAUGUUGUCAACUUCAUCUAUCACCACAGUACUUCACCUCAUAAUCAUGUUUCAAAUACAACAAACUAUAUUUGUCCAUCAAUGUCUCCACCAUCACAUGGUAACCAUAGUAACCACAGCUUAUCACCCAGUAGCUAUAGUAAUCACCAAUGGCUGCUCUCGGAUCAUUCACAUGAAUCAACAUAUGACAGAGUAUGGGAUGAGCAGUACACAGUGCCAUUUUUUCUAGUCUGUGUGUUAGCUCCCCUCAUCAACUUUAAAUCUCCCACCUUCUUCACCAAAUUUAAUGCACUUGGUACCCUUUCUGUCACCUACCUUGUUUCCUUUGUGGCCUACAAUGCUCACCAGUGGGGAUUCAACCUGAAAUUUGGGGGAGAGGAAAUUUCAGAUGAUCCUUAUCAUAUUUACAUUCCAGAGUUUCGAGGUACCUUUGCUGCUUUGACAGGGGUGGCCGCUUUGGCUUAUUUUGUACAGAACUGUGUCAUCUCCAUUUGUAGGAACCAAAAACACCCAGAAAACAAUAUACGAGAUCUCACCAUUGCGUACACAUUGGUGGCAGUGACCUACAUUUAUAUGGGAGUUAUGUUUUAUUCUUCAUUUCCACUUAACAAGGACUGCAUAGAAGAUAAUCUCCUGAACAACAUAGCUGACACAGACACGCUGGCUUUCGUGGCGCGGAUCGGUUUGUUUUUUCAGAUGGUCUGUGUGUUUCCUCUGUUACUGUACAUAUUCCGAGCUCAGCUUCUCUUCUCUUUGUUUGGGGAUGUCUGGCCAAGUGUGAAGCAUGUUCUUGUCCUAAAUCUAGUUCUAGUUGCCAUUUGCGUUGUUUUUGCUGUAUUUUUACCUCACAUUGGAAGCAUCAUAGGGUUUGUAGGAGCUUUUUGUGGAUUCUCGUACGCCAUUCUUCUUCCCUGUCUGGUCCACAUGAAGACGUUACGAGAGCAGGGCAAGCUCUCGGUCCCUGUUAUUGUGUUUCACUCGUUUCUUAUUCUAGUUGGACUUGCAAAUUUUAUAGGACAGUUUGUCAUUCUUGGGAAAACCUAAACCUCCUUGUGAUAAAUUUUCAAUGUCUAGUGACUAUUUAUUCAUUGUCAAAAUCUAUUAUACUCAUUUACAGGUUCAUGUUUAUGUUAAGUUUAAUUUUGUACAUUUUUAGUGUAUUGUGACAGUGUGUAAAGAUAAAAAAUACAUAGCAAACAUAUGAUAAACUAAUUUUUUUAUGUAUUACAUGGACAAGAGAAAUAUUUGUCAUAAUUUAGACUACUGUUUCACAUCAGUAAAAAACAAUCAAGUCCAAUUUAUUUUUCUAUUAUCAGAUUGUAAAAAGUCAGCAGCACAUUGAUGUAAAGCAGCUGUGAACUGGUACAGUAAAACUCGCUUAUAAUGAACACACUUAUAAUGAAUUGAUGCUUAUAGUGACUUGAAUUUCAUUCCUUGUCAGUUUCCAACAUAUUUAGAAGCUAAUGGUUAUAAGGAUUCAAGUUAAUAUUAACAUAGCAAAUAAUGAAGCAAAAUCACAUAUCCCUGGUUUUUCGUUAUACAUCUGUUUUACUGUACAUCCACCAAGUCGAUCUUUUCAGGGACUUUGUAUCACAGCAAAUUUAAAUUAACAUAAUUCACAAUUUUUUUUUUAUUAGCUCACCUGAGCCGAAGG